AUGACGACAAUCACGUCAACAAAGACAACCAGCAGUCCGCCUUCCUCGUCCCUAUCUCUCGAGUCGGGCCAGCUCCAGUCAACCGAACCGACGAGCACAGUUACUACGCAGCGAAGUAACAAUGUUCAACUGCAGCAAAUUCCAACACCUCCAGCGUUCACAAAUAAGCAAGAGGAACGAGAAUACCUCAAGGGAAGGCUUGCUCUCGCCUUCAGGCUUUUCGGAAAGUUCGGCUUCGAUGAGGGCGUCGCCGGCCACAUCACUCUACGCGACCCCAUUCUCACAGAUCACUUCUGGGUCAACCCUCUGGGUCGAGCUUUCAGCUUGAUGCGACGUUCCGACCUCAUCCUCGUCAACGGCGCAGGAGAGGUAGUCGACGGUGGCGCCAACCGUCUCCUCAACCGCGCGGCUUACAUGAUCCAUCACGCCGUUCACGUGGCCCGCCCCGACGUCAACUGCGCGGCUCACUCGCACAGCCUCUAUGGCAGGGCCUUCUGCUCUCUGGGCCGGCCCAUUGACACCCUGACGCAGGACAGCUGUGCGUUUCACGGUGAUUUGGGUAUCUACAAGCAGUUCCGGGGCGUGGUGCUGGCUGAAGAGGAAGGGCGAAAUAUUGCGAGGGCUUUGGGUUCUGGAAAGGCUUGUAUGUUGCAAAAUCAUGGCCUGUUGACGGUUGGUCAGACGGUCGAGGCUGCUGUGUUUUGGUUUGCGUCGUUGGAUAAGUGUUGUCACGCUCAAAUGUUAGCAGAAGCAGCUGCCGCUGGUCACGGCACGGGGGAACCUCCUGUCAAGAUUGACGAGGAAGAUGCUGUGUUUACUUCCAAAAGCGUGGGCACGCCUAACGUUGGGUGGUUCAGCGCCCAACCGAUGUUUGAUGUGAUGGCCGAGGAGAUUGCCGACAAGUACUUACAGUAA